CUUAGGACUCACCCGCUCGCUUCUCAGUAGCCUAGAUAUUUGAAAUUUGCUCAGUAGAUUAUAUUUAAGUUCUAUACAAUUUAUUUUUAAGUAGCUCCUAUCGGCGAAAUUUUAAGUUCAAUGGAUUUUCAAAAGGAGUUCGGAAAACUCCAUGCAGAAAAUGAGGAGAUGAAAAAAAUGAUGCUACAGCUCCUGAUUUUACGCCAGGAGCAGAAUCAGAACACGAUGUGUACCGCAUGUCCUCAUCUUCUGACCUUGCCCCACGAUCCCACAACGCGUUGGGGCCCACCCCAGCCCUUGCAUGCCAGUGCGGCACCUGGCCAACGAAAGCUGCUAGCCCCCAUACCCCCUGCAUCCCCCCACCACCAGCUGCAGCGGUCUGUAAGGUCUACGCUGAGACCCCUGAGUGCUCAGCAGAAGGAGCGCCAGGCUCGCAAGGAACUCCUGCAGGAGGUCCUGGAACUUGCUGAGGAGAUUAAACUUGCCUGUCUCAAUGAUGCCAAGGCCUUGGACCAGACAGGCUGCUCUGUGGGCAGCCUCAGUCCUGUGGAUCGCAGGACCCCGCCGGCGCCCCGUACUCUGCCCUUCCUCAAUUCGCCCAUUGCCCCUGCUAUCUCCGCCCCCCCAAAGACAACCAGCCACAGACAGUUCCAGAGUAGACUACCCCGUCUCAAGAACACCACAUCACUCAAUGGGGUCACUGCUGUGACAGAGCAAAAGUCUGUUGAGUCUCUGGCAGGGAGGCAGGAAGAAACGAGGGAGCAUAAGGAGUUGAAGAAGAGGAAAGUAACUGAGGCGAGGCAAAUAAGCAAGACCCAGCCGGCCAAGAAUCUGCCAGAGUUGGCCAAACUGCGCCCACUGUCCUGUCCCGAGCAGGCCCUCCUGCAGGCCUUUACGGUGCUCAGCGACGAUGACUGGGGGAAGAAGAUCGAGGCCCUGAUCUCCAUCAGGUCUCUGGCUCAGCACCACGCCAACGUGCUGCUUCCCAGGCUGCAUGAUGUUUGUCUGGCCGUCAAUCAAGAGGUGAAGAACCUGCACUCAGUGGUGUCCCGUGCUGCCAUGGUGACGCUGGCCCACCUGUUUGCUCACCUGGGGCAGGACAUGGAUCUCGGAGGCCGAGGGCAGCCAGGACACUGCUGCCGAAGGCUGGAGAGUCCAGCAGCUUCAUGA